GAGGCUGGGGCUGAGGGCGCUAGGCAGGGCAGGGCAGAGCGCAGUGCCGGCUUAGGGCUCACGCAGGCAGCCGGAGGGACAGGAGAGGAGAGGAGGGGAGGGGAGGCGAGAGAACAGAGACAGAGAGACAGAGAGAGACGGCGAGCGGAGGAGAUACAGAGGGGAGGGGGGGCCCAGAGUCUCGGGCUUCUCUUCUCUCUCCCGGGUUGGACUGGCAGCAUCUCCAGGUGCUGAUCGGAAGUAUGCUGGAUUCCCCCGACUUGAGUGUGAGCUAAGCUUCCGCCAACCAGCGGGGGAGAGCAGAGCAACCCAAUUUGGAGAGCAGAGGGGGAAGCUUGCCGCGCGCCCCCUCCACGCCACGCCGCGCCGCGUCGCGCCGCGCCCCACCCCAGUGCCCCCUCCAUUUUCAGCCUCUCCCCUAGCAUGCUGGAUGUAUGGACAGUUUGGCAGAGCAGAGAUUGACGACUCCGAGCCUGCCGGCCCCACACCUGGAGCAUUAUAGCGUUCUGCAUUGCACCAUGACCCUGGACGUGCAAACCAUCGUGGUGUUUGCCGUGAUCGUGGUCCUCUUGCUCGUCAAUGUCAUCCUCAUGUUCUUCCUGGGGACCCGCUGAACGCUUGGACUGUGUGGCCAGUGGAGCUGCUGCUGCUGCUCCUGCUGCUGCUGCUCCUGCUACUGCUGCUGCUGCUGUUGCUGCUGCUGCUGCUCCUGAGGGCUCCAGUCUCUGAAUUCAUCUGGAGGGAGACAGCGAGAGAGUGAGGAGGCGCAGAGACCCAGAGAGGGAGAGAGAGAGAGAGAGACACACACACACACACACAGACACAGACACAGACACAGACACACACAAGACAGAGACAGAGAGGAGAACCACAGAGACAGAGCUUUCUGCCUGGGGGGGAAGGCGCCUGGAGUUUCAACAUGGCCUCACUGUGAUGUCUGAUCAGCGGAGGUUCCAUCGUAAGUGCUGAGGCAGUAUGGGAUCAUGUCACCAUGGCCAACCGGGAGUUGGCGUUUAAGGCGGGCGACGUCAUCAAGGUCCUGGAUGCUUCCAACAAGGACUGGUGGUGGGGCCAGAUCGAUGAUGAGGAGGGAUGGUUUCCUGCCAGCUUUGUGAGGCUGUGGGUGAACCAGGAAGACGGUGUGGAGGAAGGGACCAGUGAGGUACAGAAUGGGCACCUGGACCCCAAUGCCGACUGCCUCUGCCUGGGCAGGUCACUGCAGAACCGGGACCAGAUGCGUGCCAAUGUCAUCAAUGAGAUCAUGAGCACCGAGCGUCACUAUAUCAAGCACCUCAAAGACAUAUGUGAGGGUUACUUGAAACAGUGCCGGAAGAGGCGGGAUAUGUUCAGUGAUGAGCAGCUGAAGGUGAUUUUUGGCAACAUCGAGGACAUCUACCGGUUUCAGAUGGGCUUUGUGCGUGACUUGGAGAAGCAGUACAAUAAUGAGGAUCCACACCUCAGUGAGAUUGGGCCCUGCUUCCUGGAGCAUCAAGAUGGCUUUUGGAUCUAUUCGGAAUAUUGUAACAACCACCUGGACGCGUGCAUGGAGCUCUCCAAGUUGAUGAAGGAUGGCCGCUACCAGCACUUCUUCGAAGCUUGCCGCCUGCUGCAGCAGAUGAUUGACAUUGCCAUUGAUGGCUUCCUCCUGACCCCUGUGCAGAAAAUCUGCAAAUAUCCACUACAGCUGGCAGAACUCCUGAAGUACACAGCCCAGGACCACAGCGACUACAGGUAUGUUGCAGCAGCCCUUGCCGUCAUGAGGAACGUGACCCAGCAGAUCAACGAGAGGAAGCGGCGGCUGGAGAACAUUGACAAGAUUGCCCAGUGGCAGGCCUCAGUCUUGGACUGGGAGGGGGAGGACAUCCUGGACCGGAGCUCAGAGCUGAUCUACACUGGGGAGAUGUCCUGGAUAUACCAGCCGUACGGGCGCAACCAGCAGAGGGUCUUCUUCCUCUUUGACCACCAGCUGGUCCUCUGUAAAAAGGACCUGAUUCGGAGAGAUAUCCUUUACUACAAGGGCCGCAUCGACAUGGAUAAGUAUGAGGUGGUCGACAUUGAAGACGGGCGUGAUGAUGACUUCAACGUCAGUAUGAAAAAUGCCUUCAAGCUGCAUAACAAGGAGACCGAGGAAGUCCAUUUAUUCUUUGCCAAGAAACUGGAGGAGAAGCUUCGCUGGCUCCGGGCUUUCAGAGAAGAAAGAAAGAUGGUACAAGAAGAUGAAAAAAUUGGCUUUGAAAUUUCCGAGAACCAGAAAAGGCAGGCCGCUAUGACUGUCAGGAAAGUCAGUAAGCAAAAAGGUGCCAACUACUCCCGGGCUGUCCCUCCAGCUUACCCACCACCCCAGGACCCAGUGAGUCAGGGACAGUACUUGGUGACAGACGGCAUCACUCAGUCCCAGGUCUUUGAGUUCUCGGAGCCUAAGAGAAGCCAGUCGCCUUUCUGGCAAAACUUUAGCAGGUUAACUCCCUUUAAAAAAUAGCGUCCAGUGGGAAAUGUCAGAUUUUAAAAAUAAAUAAAAUUAUAUUUCUAGAUGGACCUUUUUUCGGAGAAGCACUGUUGCUAUUAAUAUUUACAUGCAUAUAUAUAUACACACACCCCCCCUGCGUAUGUAUAUAUGGAGAGAGAGAGCGAGAGAGAGAGAGUGAGAGAGAGAGAGAGAGAGAGACAGAGAGAGAGAGAGAGACAGAGAGAUGUACUGAAGGACCAAAAAUGAGUUUUCCCAGGUUUUGGGGAACAAGAAAACCUGUUACUAGAUAGGAAGAUGUACCAAUGAUUUCUAACCAUGUGAUCCCACCUUGCCUUUUUCUGUUCUCUCACUCUCCUCCUUUAAUUUAAAAAAAAAAAAAACAAAAAAAUCAACAAACAAACAAAAAAAAAAACCUUGCCUUUUCUCGUGUCCCCCAAAUGACUUUCUGGUUACCCUGUGGUUGAUUCACUGAUCUGUCUUUUACAAUCAUGAAUGUUGUUGUGUUUUGAUUUUUUUUAGACAUAAAUGAUGAUUUUCUUUGCUGUAGUUGGGUUUAGGGGAUGGGGUUGGAGAGUCUUUCCCCUCCUCCCCCCCCCUUUUAAUUUGUCUUUGGAACCGGAAAGUGUGUGGGGGUCAGCCCCUUUCCUUCUCCCUCUGCCUUUGGCGAAUGUUUCUGAAGACUCCACCCACCCCUGAACAACAUUUCUCCCAGCAUCCUCUGUUCUCAGUCGUGCUAGUCAGGAUGUGCUCUAUUGUGCCCUGUGACAUUCCGCUAGGUAUUUCUAUUGCUUUUACUAUUUUCUAUGUGUUCGGGGGGAGGGGGGUAGUCCCACCAAAACCAGGGGAACAUCAAGGUUUUCUGAUCUGGGAGAUGCUUCCUAUCCAAUUGGCUUCUGUGCAUCUUUGAUUCCCCUCUCUGGACCUGCUGGGUGGCCCCAGGAUGUUGCAGGUGGAGAAGGUACUGGGGAGUGGGGUGGGGUUGGGACUCCUCUGGCCCGUUGCCUUCUUCUUUGGGCAGACUGGUUUGGUUGCAGGGCGCUUUCCAGCCCUGCCCAGUGCAAAGUCUUUUUUCAGUAUGGUUUCUAGGCCGAGGGCUCCGCCCUCUGGUGGCAGGGCUGUUGUACUGUGUGGCUUCACUCCUCCUUCUUCAGCUCUAGUUAAGAAGGGUAGCACCUGCUGUUAGACUGAGGGACUACCCCCCCAUUUGUGGGCUGUGGGGGGGCAGCAUAAGAGCUGGGAGGCAGGCUCCCGGCCCUUUUCUGGGCAGGGGCAGCUAGUGAUUUCUGGGCAUCUAGCCUGCUGCUCACUGGCCUAGGGAGGGCCUGAGAUGAAAAACUGCCAGUUGAGAAAGAUCAGGGCCUGAUCUGGACAGAGUAGGGGCCUUGGCCAAAGUGAAUUGGUUGUAGUAACACAACUGGAGGGGUAGGAGCUGCAAAGGUACAUUUGUUACCGAAUUGCAUGGACAAUCACACCUUCCUCCUCCCUCCUUCCUUCCUUUCCCUUCCCACACUUCCUUUUUCCCCCUCCCGUUUUCUCUCU